GGCUAUCAGCUCACAUGGCUCAAACAUUUGACGUAUUUGUGCGGGGCCUUGAUGGCCAAACGCUGGUCGUUGACCUGCCUCUUGGUGCGCGGGUUGCCGAGCUCAAGGAGGACUUGAGCGCCCGCUUGGGCCCGCCGUGCGACCAGCAGCGCCUGCAGCUCUCCUCAGGCCGACCACUGGAGGAUGAUGACGCUCUGGAAGCCGGCUGCAUCCUACUGAGCCUGCGCCUGCUCGGUGGUGUGAUCGAGCCCACUUUUCGCAUUUUCGCCCAGAAGUACAACUGCGCCAAGAUGAUCUGCCGCAAGUGCUACGCCCGGCUGCACCCGAAGGCCACAAACUGCCGCAAGCGCAAGUGUGGCCACUCCAACAAGCUGUGUCCCCAGAAUGGUCAAGAAAAAGACACCCGCAAGAAAUUCAUCAAAAUCGGCACAGAAUAUUGA